AUGAGGCCAUAUUACGACUGCCGAAAGAUCUUCAGUGAAGAGCAAGAGAAUUCGCUAGCGGAGUACCUUGUGACAGCCUCGAGGAUGUUCUAUGGGCUCACCAGCCUUGAAUGUAGGCGUCUUGCAUUCGAAAUGGCCAAGGUUAAUACCAUACCUUGUCCACCAAAGUGGGCAAAUGAAGAGGCUGCUGGAAUCGAGUGGUACAAGGGCUUUAUGAAAAGGCACCCACGCCUCUCUCUACGCUCUCCAGAAGGCUGUAGUCUCUCAAGGGCAACAUCAUUCAAUCCUCAUAAUGUUGCAGUCUUCUUCAGCAAUCUGAAGGCAAUCAUGCAAAGAGAACCCAAGUUUGCUGAAAGCACACGCAUCUUCAAUCUUGAUGAGACAGGAACUACUACGGUCCACAACCCAUCAAAGAUAUUUGCAGAGAAAGGCGUCAAACAAGUCAGCAAGUGCACCAGGGACUUGACAACUACAUGCUGCACAGUUAGUGCUUCAGGAAACUCCAUCCCACCAGCAAUGAUUUUCCCCCGUGUGCAUUUUAAUGAGCACAUGCGCCACGAUGCCCCCACAGGGACCCUUGGACUGGCCAAUAAGUCUGGUCGGAUGAACUCGGAGUUAUUCUCUGAGGUAAUGGAUCAUUAUAUCCAUCAUACAAACAGCUCUAAGGACAAUCCGUCUUUGCUAAUUUAUGACAAUCAUGAAAGCCAUUUGUCACUUCAGGUUAUUGAUAAAGCUAAGGAGAAUGGUGUUACUAUUCUCACCCUCCCACCUCACAGCAGCAAUAAAAUGCAGCCACUUGAUGUUGGGAUUUUCAAACCCUUUAAAACCUACUGCAGCCAAGCCAUGGAUUCUUGGAUGAUGCAAAAUCCAGGAAAACCAAUCUCGAUCUAUGAAAUUGCCUAUUGUGUUGGCAUUGCUCAUGAAAAGGCCAUGACUCCUUCCAACAUAACUGCUGGAUUCCGCAAGAGUGGUAUUUACCCUUUUGAUGAAGCUGACUUUACAGAGGCAGAUUUCCUCGGCUGUGCAGUCACUGACAGACCACUACCUGAAGCCACAUCUGAUGAAGAAGAGCUUCCAACUCCCGCCGAAGAAGCCCAACCUCAUACAAGCACCUCCAAGACUCCAGCUAAAGAAAUCGAACCUGAGCAAGGUACCUCCAUGUCAUCAACUCCUAGUGUUCAAAGAUGUCUAUCCCCAGGAUCCUUCAGAGGUUUUCCAAAAGCUCCGAUGAGAAAGGAAAAGUCCAAGGGUAGAACCAAAGGAAAACGCAUAAUUGCCACUGACACCCCAGAAAGGACAGCCAUAGCUUUAAAGAAGACAGCUACAGGCAGUUCUCAGAAGAGGAAAAAGACCCAGAAGAAGCAGCCCCCUGCAAAACGGAGACCGCAUGAUGAACAAAAUGUUGUUAAUUCUGAAUCUUCAUCAGACACAGACAAAGAUGAAGAGUCAAUCCUUCAGGACACUGAUGACAAUGAUGAGGAUGUUAUCCAGGUGUUCAAUCCUGCUGAUGAUUUCGAAGGUGAAGCCACUGAAGGAGACUAUGUGCUUACCGAAUACACAACAGAAAAGAAGAAGAAAGUCCAUUACAUAGGAAAGGUUCUUAGAGAAAAAGAUAAAUCUGGGGAUUAUGAGAUAAGCUUUCUCAAACGAAGCCAAAAAAUGGUUGGAAAGUUUGUAAUGCCCCCUGUCCCUAAAAUAGAAAUAGCCAAUGAGGAUGUCAUUAAGAUGAUUUUGCCACGACCAACAUGGUUUGGCAGUACUAAGAGGCAACUUUCUCAAUACUCAUUUGAAGUCCAGUUUGGGCUACAUUGA